GAAAAAAAAUGAAUCAUUUCACUUCCAACUAGACGAAACCAAAGAUGGAUGCUUUGACCGUGAAUUGGAAUGCUUUGAGAGAAGCAUACGAGCCUUUGAGGGUUCCCAUUCUAAUUGGAACUCUUCUAGUCAUAGUUGUCUCGUUAUUUAAGGAUGAUAAAAGUAAGAUUUUCACGAGUAAUGGACUGACUCUGGGAGGGAAUGAAAAGAAAGACAGAAUAGUUAAGCCGGUGAUUAAACCAGUUCCAGAUAGCUUUGAUUGGAAAACUGCUGAUCCAUUAAAAUCGUAUCCUUUUAAAGAAGGACUUUACAAAUUGACUAUGGGUAUUAAGAAUUUAGACCCACAAGAUUAUUUGUUAGUUGAACCAGUUCAUGCCGAAAGACUUCAAUUGAAACAGAAACUUAUGUCUAAUAGCCAUCCUGAUUAUCCUCAAGGAAAGGACAUUAGAAAAGAAACGGUUUUUUAUAAGCCAGAAGCGGAAAUGGCAGUUAAAGAAUACUAUGAUUUUGUUCUUGACUAUAUGUGUACCAAAUACCCAAAGCUUUAUGUUAAGAUUGGUAAUAACCAGGUAUUGAAUAAAACCAUAGAUGAGGUUAUUCCUGCUCACACCGAUGAUAAAACUCCGGGUGAAGAUUAUGUUGUACAUUUAUCCAAGGUGAUCGAUGAAGAUUAUAUUAUACUUCAAAAAGACCCAAGUCGUAGCGGAGAGAAAGAUGGUGACGAAUACUUUUUCAAAGCAGGUAUAUUUACUUUUGCUGCAGGGUUUGCUCCUUCCGAAAGAUUUGAUACUCCAUUGUCUUAUAUUCAUCACCCAAUACCUGGGUAUGAAGAUAAAUUGAAACCAACCAUGAAUCGUUUCUUUGAUAAGCUUUUGCCUUUCAGAUUUGUCACCCGUUCCAAUUUCUCUGUCCAAACUCAUAACAAGUUUUAUGUUGAUGAUUCUAAUAAGGGCCAUAAUCUUUCCGCUGAUUAUGAGCAAAAACCUUUGGAUUAUGAUUCUUUAGAUUUUGAAAAAGAUGUUCACUAUAGAUCCGAAAGGCAAGUAUUAACCAAAUUGCCUAAAUCAGGAGCAGUAGUUUUCACAAUUAGAACAUACUUAAUCCCAAUGGCUCAAAUUAAAAAAGAACCAAAGGAAGUACGUGAACGUUUUAUUGGUGCCAUCAAUGGUUUACAAGGUGACAUUAGUGCUUACAAGAGGUCAAAAGAGUGGGGCCCUCCUGUUAUAAAAUACUUAUCAGAUGAUUGAUAAGCUUAUCAUAGAGCUCUUUCUAUUUCUCGAAAUCCUUUCAGCUCAUUUUAAUAUCUUGCAUAUCUCUAAUUUCUGUUAAUAGUCAUUGAUUUCACAUUAAAAUCAUUAUACAUUAUAUAUAUAUAUCCAUAAAGGUAAGAUCUUAUAGUUUUUCCACCUCUUCCU